UCCUGGAAAAGAAGUGGGUCAGGCUCAGCCGAAAAGCAAGCCCAGCACCAGAAGGAGAAGACUCGGGAACUGGAUGUAGAAAGAUAAGACCUUUUUGUCUGGAGCUUUCCGGACUCAAUUAGAUGUUGUCCCAGUGUGGUUACCCUGGUAACAGGCGUCGCGUUUUGUCAAGAAACCAAAGGAAGAGGCUUAAGAGGCCUAUUCAUCUAUAUCAUGGAGUCAUCCUCAAAGGGUCUGCUUACCCAGGUUACUCAGUUCUGGAACCUCUUAGAUGAUCUGGCUGAAAGUAACCCUGAGAGCUAUCAGAAGUUCAUUCAACAGCAGCUCAAAGAGGGGAAAGAGCUCUGUGCUACCCCAGAACCACAGCUCUGUCUACAAACCAGGAUUCUGAAACCAAAAGAAAAAUUACUUUUUAUCAACCUAUGUCAGUGGAAAAGGAUCCCAGCUCCAGAAUCAGCCACUCAUCCAGUACCUCUAAGUAUUGGCAGACCAGAAGAUACAUCUGAGACAUCAGAUGUUUACACAGUCAUCGAUGUUGCCUAUCAUCCUGAUGUUCUCCAGGCAGCAGAGAAAGACCAAGUGAAAAAAGAUCAACUGAUACGGAUGGCCAUGAAAUGCAUUGAGGAACAACUCCAACUUACUCUCUCAAACUGUUACUCUAUUACCAAAUUUAGAAUAAAAGGAAGCAUUCAAAGAAUGAAACAAAAUCUGAUGGGAAUCCAAACCAAUCCCGCAGACUUAAGAGAGAAAAUGAGAAACGAACUAACCCUUGAAAAGAUAAGAAGCAGUACUGUGAGCAAUUCAGAUCAGUUUCCUCAACGUUUACUGCCGAAAGACCAAGUUUCAAGUAAAACAGCAUGUCUGAUAGAAGAAAUUUCUAGUACAGAGACUGAAGUGGAGAUGAAGAGACCAGCCUAUGAAUUAAAACUUGUGGCAGAUCAGAAUGAGAAACCUCUGAAAAUUGAAUUGAAAGUUGAAUUACCUGGUAUUAAUUCAGUAUCUCUCUGUGACCUUAGUGUUUCUGAGGAUGAUAUACUGAUCGAGGUCUCUGAAAAGUACAGAUUAUAUCUAAAUCUUCCAGAAUCUGUGGAUACUGAAAUGACUACAGCAAAAUUUAUCAAAGAGAAAGCCACUUUAAUCGUCACAAUGCCAUUGGUGUAAGUUCAAAGCAUCGAGUAUUUGGAGUUUUCUGUGAAAGUCAUGUGAAUUAGAGGGCCUCCAUUAUCUGUGAAGAAGUUUAUCUUAAAACUUUUAAGUUUCGUUUUCUAGGAGUUUCUUUUGAUGGAAUGAGAUUUUCUCAUCAGCUGCUUUUUAAAAUUCUUUCUCCUCAAGUAAACUUGGCAGUAAGCAGAAACUACCAAAAACAGUACUGCCAUGAUAUACUUGUUUUGAAGAUAUUUGUAAUGGCCUCAAGUAACUUAAAUACCAUUUGGGAAAAGUCUGUCUCUAGGUAUAAUAUGUAAGAAUUCUUUGUUUACUAGUUGAAAACAUUUUUGUCUCUAGUAAAUUUUUGCGUCAGGAAUAAAUUCCAGACUGUGCAAGAAGUUCUUUACUACCAAGAUGUGCCUUAGCAGUGAAAGUUUCCUCCAGCAAUAAAGAUGUAGGACCAGUGUAAUAAUGUGUAAACCUUUGCUUCUGUGAACCUCUAUACUUCUAUAAAGCAAGCUCUGGCAGGAGUCCAAGCCACCCAGGCCUACCUCCCUUUAAUAUCAGGUAUGGACUUGUCUACGGAUUAGAUAAAACGAUGCAGUGGCAGUCAUCGGGUAUUAUUACACAUAAGACAUAAAAUACACCCAACUCUAACUUAAGGCAAAGGAGCUGACUUUGGGACAAGUGCCUUUCUCUUAAGAAAAUAACUUUUAAAAUACAGAAGUGAUGUACUUUUAAACUCCCAUUCAUCUGUCAGUUCUUUGUUCAGUACAGAAGUGUCAGUUUUCCAAUUUAUAUCCAAGUAAGCAACAUUCACACCAAACUUCAAACAUCCCUUGUCUUUUCUAAAUACAAAACACUCUCCUUGUAAUUAUUAAUUUCUAAUUCAACAUAAGGUCUUUAAAUAAAGUUCUCAUUAAUUUUAA